ACGCACACACACACACACACACACACACACACACAGACAGACAAGGACACACACGGACAGAGCGGAGUGAUGGAACCCCUUCUGUCUGCUGAGAUGGAGGGAGGAGAGGCGAAGGAAAGGAGGAAGAUUCAGUUCUCGGUUCCGUCAGUGGUACCGACCCAGCUGGACCCGCGUCAAGUAGAGAUGAUCCGCCGCAGGAGACCGACCCCUGCUACGCUCUUCAGACUGACAGACCACCCCUCUCCUGAGGAGGAACUCUGCAGCCUCCAGAUGGCUACGGGGGAAAAUGGUGUCCUUAAACCCAAUAGACAAAACACUGCAGUCUAUCAACCACCAUCACUCAAAGCUGUGCAGAGGAUGGCUGAGGCCCACAUGCAGAAACGAGAGGGCUCACCAGAAGGGGGCGACAGUGAGCUAGUGACCCUAUCUGGCCUGGAGAUUGAUGGGGACUUUCAGGAGGAUUGCAGUUCUGACCAAUCAGCACAGCUGACGGGGUCAGAGGUCAAUGCAGAGAAGUUACCUAACAUUCUGCAGACGGAGCCGCCAGACGAGGAAGAGGAUGGAGGGGACAUGGGAGAGACGGAGGACAGAGAGACACAGGAGGCCGGGGCAGAGUGCAGAGGGCAAGACUGACACACAGGGCAAGAGAGACACACUCACGGAGAACAGGGAGGGGUGGGGGGAUUCUAGUCACAUGACGACCUUACAUGACUGUUGAGCACACUCUCGGAGAGGGAAAGGAACAUGUCACCCUAAAGGAACCGGUGGGAUUACCACUAGGCCGGGGUGUUUUAGUGGAAUGUGCAAACGUGUGUGAGGCAGAAGGAGGGAUGUAAGGGUGCAGACAGAAAGAAGCAGGGAUUGCGUUUGAUAGAUCUUUUUUCAUGAGUUUUUUUUUGCAGCCAUUUGGAAAUGUCUGCAAAGUAUUUGAGUGAGUAAUUUGAGAGAUAAGAAAGAAAGACACAAAAAGAGAGAGAGAGAGAGAGAGUGAGUCGAGAGAGAGAGAAAGA